UCGCCUGCGUCAGCCGAGGCCAGUUCCGGGACGAUUGACCCGCUAGCUGCAAAGGCUGCGAAGAGAAUAGCCGAUGUCAUCAACGACUUCAAGCGCGAGCUCCAGGAGCGCGACGGCACCUGGGCGCACGCUUCAGGGUCACUGGAAUUGGCCCUGAAGACCGGCGACUCCUCUAAGACCUGUAAAUUGACUAUCAAGCCUAUCGAAGAUGGAGACGAGUACCCUGUCACCGUGCAAGCAGCCCUCAAGAAGCCAGAAGUGAUCACAGUUGACGACGACACAUUGCCAAACACACAGCCAACCUUCAAGCCCACGCGACGCGCCUCAGAUGCCAAACUCGAAAAGGAAAUUGUCUCACGCAAGAAGCACAGGCUCGAUGAUGGCGAGGAUGAGGCGAACAAGCGUGCGCGCACCGGCGAAGACGAGGACGACGAACACAUCAUGCCCCUCAUUACUAAAGAACAUUUCGACGAUCUCCUGGCCAAACUUCGGGGGGACAUCCAGGAAGACACCACUGAAACUGUCAACCACGUUCAACGUCUGCUACGAUGCUUCAAGGAAGAAUGGCAUGACCAGAACAAACGGGACUUCGAACAACCGCAGGCACAACAGUCAGCGGGACCCUUCCGCAACUCGAUAUCCGCGGCAGCAGGAGCUGCCCCAGGCGGUUCAUUCCCGUCGCCUGACGUCGACGGCGACGAUGCCAACGCUUCGAUAGCCGAAGUCGUUCGCCGUGAAGCAGGGCUCAUAUCACGGCAGAUCAAAUGGGUGGAGGACUGCAGACGGAUGGCCAACGACGCCCACGUCAAGCGAGAGGACACAUGGCGAACGUCCUCCGCGGGUUUCCACGACCAGCAGCGACAAGACCGUGAGAACUUCCAAAAGCGAAUGGUCCACGAAUCGGCAAUGCACUCUCAGACGCUGAACCAGAUCCUGAACGAGGUCAAGGCAAUUGGAUUGUAUGCACAGAACAUGAAGUGGGAGACGCCGAGUUACCUGAACCAUAUGUCGAAUGUGUCGCCUCCGAUUCCUACACCGCCUGCUUUCCCUUCGCAGCCCGCACCACCAGCG